AUUGUGUUUGUUGAUUCUGCUGGCAAUUCCCUGGAUCAUCCGCGCCAUCUUGUACUUUGCCUACGAGGCUGCCAUCAUUGAAGACAAGAAACGGGUCGCACGAGAGUUGGACCUUGAAGUGCAUCUUCCGCCAAGCGUUGUGGUCCAUCUAACGCCCAUACACGGGCUCUUUCUUGUCAUCUACAUCAUCUUUACCAUCGACUCCAUCUUCUACGGGGUCCUCAGCAGCGGUAUGAAGGAGAAGUUGAAAUGCGUCACCAGGCAAUGCCUGAGAGACAUGAAAGAGAGAUCAAGAGUCACAAUUUUGGCCUGGAUCGUCAAACUGACUGUGAUGCCGUUCCGAUUUUUUGGGAUCGUUGGACUGGUGUUCUUCUUGCCCUACUUCGCCAUUGUCCUGGUGAUCAGUCUUCCGUUUGUAGCCUUCUACAUUUUCCCGACACUCAACUUCAGCUUUCGUCUCUUGAUCCAUUUGUUCGCGUUCCUGUGUCCACAGGGAGUCAUCAACAAGUUCCAGGAACUGUCGGAGAAACUGGCGCCAGUAAAGAAACAGCUGAAACUUCGUGAAGUAACAGCCAAUGAAAAUGUCGUCGACAAACAUUAUUACACAGCAAAGGGCAUUAUCCUACAGCUGGUCGUCAUCAUCAUGUGCCUCAUAUCGUUCUGGUCUCUAACAUUGUUGCUGAUGGAAGUGGUGUCUUUUUUCGUGGAGAUUUUCGUCUACACGUUCAUGGGAGUUGUAGUGAAUGCUGGGGUCAUUCUCCACUACCUGGCUGUUCUACUUAUGGUGGUCAUCUACAGCAAGAACACCUUUUCCCGGGUGUAUCGACUCUACCAGUCAUACCACAGGAUAAUCCACAGGCAGCUGAUGGCGAUGAUAAAAGACGAGAUCGCUCACGUGGCCACACAAGAAGCCUUGGACCAGGAAAACACCGCCUUCAUCGUGCAAGGGGAGGCAGCAUCCAACAAACCAGUCAAUGCUGCUCCGCGGAUCCGCGUCAAGAAUCAUCAACUGCAAUGGCAGACAUUUGGAAUGCUGGUCUUCUUGGAUAAAAAGGACACACCUUUAACACCUGAAAAAUUCUUCUAUGAAACCAUUACACUGAACUAUUUUGGUUGCCCAGGGCCUAUCUACCGAAACGUUUGUUCUGCCGUCUGGGACUUUCUCAAAAUUCUGAUGUUUCUGAUGUUUGUGUUUGUCGUGGUUAUGGCCCUUGGAGAUGCCUAUCAAAUAUCAACAACCAAUCAGCUUCUAGCAACAGUCGUGGGCAGUUUUGUACCAUUCAUAUUUCGAUACUUUUUCCCAUCAAGCUUGGAUGUAGAUCACAUCGAUGGCUCUAGCAUCCAGUUCAAAACAGAACUUCACAAAGCCAUUAACAGCUACACCCAGUCCUGGCCAGUCUUUGACAUCAUCCCCGUGUCCGUCAAGGAAUGGGAGAUGCAUGAGUUAUCUAACUUGCCGGAAGAAAGCACACUCAACCCAAAGUUAACUCCCCCUCGGCAACUCAGUUCAUCCUCGGGGAACAGCACAGAAGAAGAUGAUGAAUUUUACUGCGAUGAAGAUGAUGGUGCUGCAGAAGACACCCAAGCUGGUGGAGAUAAAGCUGACGCAGUACACAACGCUGAUCCAGCAUUGUCUGAGACUGCAAUCCUUCCGGAGGUUGAUAUUAUUAUUGAUGUAUCCAGUUCUAAAACACGAUCCCCUAACUCUUUACUCCUAAGGGACUUUGAGAAAGGGUCAGUCUCCAUGUUAGAUCGGCACCACAAGAACGGUGAUAGUCACAAAAAGUUCAGAUCCUCCGAGAAUAUUGUCUGA